UGGCUUAUCGAUGUUGUGAGGGGUCGAUUGCCAAAUCGCAAUCCACAUUGCAAUAAUUCCGAAUUUCAUUUAGUAGCUCGACGUCCAGUGUGAGUCAGCUUAGCUUUUCGUGAGUUCAUUUUCCUGUGAUAUAAUAGCUUUACCCUAACUGACCAUGGGUGUGCCCGCUGGUGACGUAGAAAAGGGCAAGAAAAUCUUCGUGCAGAGAUGCGCUCAAUGCCACACUGUGGAAGCAGGUGGUAAACACAAAACCGGACCAAACCUGCACGGACUAUUCGGCAGGAAAACGGGCCAGGCUGCGGGCUUCUCCUACACCGACGCUAACAAGGCUAAAGGUAUCACAUGGGGAAAAGACACUCUCUUCGAAUACCUUGAAAACCCUAAAAAGUACAUCCCUGGAACGAAGAUGGUAUUCGCCGGUCUUAAAAAGCCCAAUGAGCGAGGCGACCUGAUCGCCUACCUCGAAUCGGCAACGAAGUAAACUCGUUAGCUAACAUCAUCCAGGGAGUCGCAAUGCCAAAUUCCAUCUACACCAUAUCGUUUUGUUCUAUUAGAUGGGACUGAGUCGUAUCCCAUAGUCCAAAGCUCUCCAGUUCAUUGCAGAUUUUCCUUUCAUGACACCAACAGCUAGUAGUAUAUAGUUCAAUGUGUACAAGCGACAGUUUCAUCAUGUCGUCGCCUUGCGUUGUCUGUACAAAUUAGCCAAUUUUAAUUGUAGGUAUUUAAACGGUAAAUUAUUUCUUUUAAGGUUAACUGUACGAAUAAAAUCAGUUAUUUA